UUCUAUUCAUUCACAGCACCAAAUCAAACGAGCUCAACCUAGCAUUCCUCUCUCCGUCGACGAGCUUCUUCUUCUCCUUUCCUCACCCACAGCGCCACCGCCGGCUAUCCUAACCGCCGCAGCUACCUUCUUCUUCUUCUCUUUUUUAAACACUAAACCAGUAGAACAUAGCUCCUGUCUCUCUCGUUCUUUCUCGUUCGCAGAAUAAAGCAAGCUCAAGCUCCACCCCCGUCGUGCCUCUCUCAUUCUGACUCGCAUAUCUUCUCAGCGCUACAGCCAACAUCUCCUCUAGUCAAUGCCGCGGCUACCUUUGCGCAAGCCCUAGCUCCGUGGUGACCAAAAUCGGUUCCACCGUCAGCUGCGUUCUGUCAAGGGGAGGGGAGGCUGUACAGAUGACUACUGACUAUGAACCUAAUACUAAGCGGGACAGCAUUGAGAACAGAGGUGGCUUUGUCUCAAACAUGCCAGGGCAGUGUUUCUUCUCUAAGACUGAUAUUCUCUUUCCAAGAAAAAACUUCUUUUGGAAUAGAAUGGGCCACAUGUUGCAAGAAUAUCAGUUUACGAGAAGUAAACCCUCUACAAAAAGUUCUGGCUAUUGUUCAUGGAAACUUGAAGCUCUCCGACAGCCAUGCAAUCCUAGUAUAUCUUGCUUCUGCUUUUACUGGAAUUGUUGACCACUGGUAUCCAACUGAGCUGUCUAGAAGAGCCAAAAUUAACUCAGUAAUGGAUUGACAUCAUUCUAAUUUAUGAAAUGGAGCAGUGAAUUAUGUAAUACAUACUACACUAGCACAUGCCCUUGGCCGUCAACUAAAUCCAAAAGCAGCUACUGAAGGAGAAAAAGUUUUAUUAUCUUCUCUGAAAGCACUGGAGGAUUUUUGGCUCAAUGGAGAUAAUGAAAGCUUUUUGUGUGAUAGCACCCAACCAUCGGUGGCUGAUCUCAGCAUGAUUUGUGAACUUAUGCAACUUGAGGUUUUGGAUGAGAGGGAUCGCAGUCGAAUAUUAUCUCCUUACAAGAAAAUUCUUCAGUGGAUUGAGAAUACAAGAAAUGUCAAAGUAAUAAAUUUGUGGCAUAUUGUGGGCUUUGUUCUAUAUGCAAAUCAGGAAGAAAUAGUCUUUCCUCCCUGGUAGGUCUGUCCUUUUCAUGGGUGGAGAUUAUCAAGCAUGCAAAUUAAUGGUGCCAUAUAAUGGUAGCAGGCUGCUCUCAAGGCUGAAAAACAAACACAAGAUGGGAGAGAUGAGGAAAAUCACAACCCUUUGUGUGGAAAUUCAGAAUCUAAAAGAUGAUGCAGCAACAGCAGCUUUUGAACAACAGUAGCAGCUUUUGAACAACAGCAAGAAGCUUCAAUGUUUCCCCUGCUUCUGGAUUUUGAUCUCUGCCUCCAAAGAAGAAGAAAAGUCAAGGGACAUGUAUUUCCUGCAAAAGCUUCUGAAUUUGAAAGGAGAUGAUGGUUUCAGAAUGAAUGAAGUGCUUGUGUCAUUGUGGUACAUAAUGGGUUUGUGGCCUUUGGCCUAUAGCUUGCCGCUACUUCCUACAGAAAGGAGCUCAAAAAGCAAAGUUCCUGUUUGGCCCUUCCUUUUACUUUCAUGUUUUGGCGGUGCAUAUGCGCUUCUUCCUUAUUUCAUACUUUGGAAUCCACCAGCACCUCCGAUAGAAGAAACUGAGCUUAAAUCAUGGUCAUUGAUCUUUCUUGAAUCAAAAGUAACUACAGUGGGUUCAACCGUGGAAAUGAUAGAUUUAGAUAGGGAUGAUGCGGGAUCAGAAGAUGCUAACCUUUUGUUUAGUGGUCAUAGAGCAAGAAUCACUUGUAUGAGAGAUAGAUUGCCUCAAUCGGAUAUACAUUCGGCGGCGGCAUGUUUGAGAUGAAUGAAGUGAAGGGUGGCAGUCAAUACGGUGCCCGAACUUAUGCUGGUGGUGAUGGAUCAAGACAACCAACUAAACUUGAGUUGGAGCAAGCAUUCCACCAAGGCAAGUAUAUUGUCACCAUCACUAAGAAGCUCAAGAAAGAAUGAAACUAUCCAUAAAUUAGGAUAUUGAAUCCUUAUGAGUCCACUAGUAGUUACUUGUCAUCUAAUGUAUUCAGAUUGUGUUAUUGCAUGGAAAUAAUUGCUUCUUAUUAUAAAGAAAGCGCUUUGUACUCCCUAGUGUGUUUUUCUAUUUGUAUCAUCAUUAAAAAUUUGUAUUUAUUAAAUUUAUAUUUAUUUUGUA